ACAACGCAACCAACUACAACAAAAAAUCAAGAAGCUUCACCGUCUUCGAUUUCUCUGCGUCGUGCACUGCUUCCCUUGUGCGUAAUCAUGGCUGAUGAAAUUAACGAGAUGCAACAAGAACUUGCACCCUUUGACCCAACCAAAAAGAAAAAGAAGAAGAAAGUUGUUCUUCAGGAUCAUGCUGAGAGCUCAUCACCAGAAUUGCAGAUGGAGAAAGCUGAUGAUCCAAUGCCUGGAGCAGUUAAUGAUGGUCUUGAAAGCGCAGUUAGUGGAAUGAAAAAUAGCAAGAAGCCAGUUGAUUCCAGCUCACUGAAUGAAGAAAAUGUUGAAGCCGUAGAAGAUUUGGAUGGUGGUCAUGAGGAAGAGAAAGGAGUAAUCCAGCAGGAGAAUCGUUAUCCUUGGGAGGGAAGUGAUAGAUUGUACCUAUAUGAAGAGAUGCUUGGUAGGGUCUUCAACAUUCUGCGUGAAAACAAUCCGGACCUAACUGGAAAUAGGCGUCGUACAGUUAUGAGGCCUCCCCAAGUUCUUCGUGAGGGGACAAAGAAGACGGUCUUUGUCAACUUUAUGGACCUUUGCAAAACGAUGCAUCGACAACCAGAUCAUGUUAUGGCGUUCUUGCUUUCUGAAUUGGGUACUAGUGGCUCACUUGAUGGCCAGCAAAGGUUGGUUGUUAAAGGGAGGUUUGCACCCAAGAGCUUUGAAGCGAAUCUGCGAAAAUAUGUCAAUAACUAUGUCAUUUGCCAUGGUUGCAAGAGCCCAGACACAAAUCUUACAAAGGAGAAUCGUCUCUUCUUUAUGAGAUGUGAACCGUGUGGAUCAGAACGAUCUGUGGAACAGAUCAAAGCUGGUUAUGUUGCACUCGUUGGUAAAAGGAAGACUUGAUGAUACCAAAGAGGUUUUUAACCUCUAAAGAAUAAAGAGCAGUCUAUGGAGUCGUGAUGUUUAUCUGUCACAUACUUGUCUUGUCUUUUUGCUAUCACAUUUUAUUACAAUAACUAUAAUGAAUAUAAACCAAAUUACAAACACAUCAAAAAAAAAACGCAUGCAAUUGAUAAAAUGUUCAAG